AUGUGGUAUGGAGAACGCAUUGAGAAAAAAAAGCAGAACAAAAAACCUAAGUUCGCUUUAUGUUGUGGCCAAGGUCAGGUUCAGUUGCCAUUAUUGAAGCAGUCACCAGAGAUUCUUAAGAAAUUGCAUACAGAUAACGAUGAGAUCAGCAAAUACUAUAGGGAAAAUAUCAGGCAAAUCAAUAUGGUUUUCUCUUUUACUUCUCUUGGUGGUAAAAUUGAUAGAUCAGCACCACAAGGAUCUGGACCAAAAAUGGUUGUUCUUCAAGGAGAGAAUUACCAUUUAAUGGGUAGUUUAAAACCACCACCUGGAGAAGAUCCUAAGUUUGGCCAGCUCUAUAUUGUUGACACUGAUAACGAAAUACAGAAUAGAUCAUCGAUUAUCGGGAAAUAUAAAACAAAGCAAGAGAAGGCUAAAAAGGAGAGAUUGAGGAAACAAGUUAUUGAACGACUUGUGAAGAUGCUUGACGAAGUGAAUCCAUAUGUUCAUCAGUUUAGGACAGCCAGGGAAAGGUUUAACACUUGUCCAGAGGAGACAUUGCAUAUGAGGAUUGUAAGUAGUCGAGAAAAAGACGGAAGGACAUAUGAUACUCCUACUGCGUCCGAGGUUGCUGCAUUGAUUCCAGGAGAUUUCAAUUUGGACAUGGAUAAAAGAGAUAUUGUUUUAGAAGAGAAGCAAACAGGAUUUCUUAAAAGAAUCAGCGAAAUACAUCCAUCUUAUCUGGCACUUCAAUAUCCUCUCAUUUUUACUUACGGAGAAGAUGGAUUUAGACUUGGUAUUAAAAAAAGAACAACUGAUGCUACAGCCCAGCAUAAGAGACAGACUAUCAGUAUGAGACAAUGGUAUGCAUUUCGGCUUCAUGAAAGGGAGAACGAGUGUCAUACUCUUUUACAUUCUAAGAGGUUGUUUCAGCAAUUUUUGGUGGAUGGCUACACUACGAUAGAGUCUAACAGGCUGCGUUAUCUGCGAUUGAAUCAGAAGUGUUUAAGAUCAGAUAGCUUUGACUCUAUACAACAAGCUGAGAAUGAGGGGAAAAUUGAUAUGCACGAUCAGGGAAGUCGAUAUCUAUUGCCAGCCUCAUUUACUGGAGGACCAAGAUACAUGAAAAAUAUGUAUUUGGAUGCCAUGGCGGUUUGCAAACAUUUUGGGUUUCCUGAUCUGUUUAUAACCUUUACUUGCAAUCCAAAAUGGGCAGAAAUAAUCAGGUAUUUGGAGCCUCGCAAACUCACUGCAGACGACAGACCUGAGAUUAUCUGCAGAUUGUUCAAGUGUAAACUUGAUUCCCUGAUGAUGGAUUUAACAGAUAAGCAGCUAUUGGGAAAGACUGUGGCAUCCAUGUAUACUAUUGAAUUUCAAAAGCGGGGUCUUCCUCAUGCUCACAUUCUGCUAUUUAUGGCUCCUGGGUCAAAAUUUUCGACUACUGCAGACAUUGAUAGGAUCAUUUCGGCUGAAAUUCCAGAUAAAGAGAAAGACCCGGAGCUUUACGAAGUUGUGAAAGAUAUGAUGAUUCAUGGUCCUUGUGGAGCUGUUAACAUGAAGUCCCCUUGCAUGGAGAAUGGAAAAUGCUCUAAGCUAUAUCCUAAAACUCACGUUGAGAAGACUACUGUCAACAAAGAAGGAUUUCCUAUCUACAGAAGAAGAGAACAGCCUGAUCGCUUCAUUGAGAAACAUGGCUUCAAAUGUGACAACAGAUAUGUCAUUCCUUAUAACAGAGAUCUGUCGCUUCGUUAUCGAGCUCACAUCAAUGUCGAAUGGUGUAAUCAGACUGGUUCAAUCAAAUACUUAUUUAAGUAUAUUAAUAAAGGACAAGAUCGUUGUACUGUAGUCGUGGAAAAUCCUUCAACUGCGACUAGCGGUACUGAUGGAGCAGUAACAGAAGAGAAAAAAAAUGAAAUUAAGGAUUUCUUCAACUGCAGAUAUGUAUCUGCUUCGGAAGGUGCAUGGAGAACAUUUAAGUUUAAUAUACACCAUCGAUCCAUGCCAGUUGAGAGGAUACAAUUUCAUUUACCGGGAAAGCAGAUUGUCAUUUUCAAAGAUGAUGACACCUAUGAUGAAGUUACCAGUCGCGUGCUUAUCGAGAAUACAAUGUUCAUGGGAUGGUUUGAACUAAACAAAAUCAGUGAGGUUGCAAGGAAGAUGACUCUAGCUGAAAUUCCAACAAAGUUUAUUUGGAAUAAAAAACAGCGGAAGUUUACUGAUAGAAAGAGAGGAUACAGUAUUGGCAGAAUCAACUACGCACCACGGAAAAUAGAACAGGCCUACUACCUUAGAGUCUUGCUGAACAUUGUAAGGGGUCCUACAUCUUUUGAGGAAAUCAAAACAUUUAACAAUGUUCAGUAUCCAGAUUACAAAGAGACGUGCUUUGCUCGGGGUUUGUUGGAAGAUGAUCAAGAAUAUAUUGACGAUAUUGUGAGGACAAGUUUUACAGGUUCAGCAUCAUAUAUGCGCCAGUGUUUUGUGAUCAUGCUCAUGUCAAAUAGUCUAUCGAAGCCAGAAGUUGUUUGGGAAAACACUUGGGAAUUUCUAUCUGAUGACAUUUUGUAUCGUCGUAGGAAGCUAUUAAACAGACCAGAUCUAUGUUCGACUGACGAGGAGAUAAAACAGCUUACUCUUCACGAGAUUGAGAAGAUUUUGAAGAGGAAUGGUACUUCUCUGGAAGCCUGGGAGAAAAUGCCAAAGCCAAUAUCUGAUCUAACUCAUAAGGAGAAUGUCUUGAUUAUGGAUGAGCUUGCUUAUGACAGAGAGCAGUUAAAAGCUGAUCAUGAUCAGAACUUUGUUAAAAUGACAGACGAACAAAGAAAGAUUUAUGAUGAGGUUCUUAGUGCUGUCAUAGAGAAGAAAGGAGGCGUUUUUUUUGUGUAUGGCUUUGGUGGAACUGGAAAAACUUUCUUGUGGAGAUUGUUGUCUGCUGCUAUUAGAUACAGAGGAGAAAUUUGUUUGAAUGUUGCAUCAAGUGGGAUAGCUUCACUACUUCUACCAGGAGGAAGGACAGCACAUUCUAGAUUUGGAAUACCAAUCAACCCAGAUGAUUUUUCAACUUGCACACUAAUUAAAGGAUCUGAUCAAGCAAAUUUGAUUAAAGAAUCUUCUUUGAUCAUCUGGGACGAGGCACCAAUGAUGAGCAAGCAUUGUUUCGAAUCAUUGGAUAGAAGCUUGACUGACAUUAUUGGGAACAAGGACAAUUUACCUUUUGCUGGAAAAGUAGUUGUCCUAGGAGGGGAUUUUAGACAAGUGUUGCCUGUCAUUCAUGGAGCAGGAAGAGCUGAAAUUGUUUUGGCUUCUUUAAAUUCCUCUUAUCUUUGGAAGCAUGUAAAAGUGUUGAGGCUAACAAAGAACAUGAGGCUAAUGUCCAACAAUUUGUCUCCUGAAGAAGCAAAAGAUUUACAUGAGUUUUCUCAGUGGAUAUUAGAUGUUGGAGAUGGAAACAUUGGGCAAGGUAACGAUGGAGAGGCUUUAAUCGAUAUUCCAGAGGAGUUUCUUAUUCUUGAUGCAAAUGAUCCAAUUGAGUCUAUAAGCAAAGCUGUUUAUGGGGAUUCAAUAUCUUUGCAGCAGAAUAAAGAGCCUAAGUUUUUUCAAGAAAGAGCUAUACUUUGUCCUACUAAUGAAGAUGUAGACAAGAUUAAUCAGCACAUGUUGGAUAGCCUUGAUGGUGAGGAAAGAAUCUACGCAAGUUCUGAUUCGAUUGAUGCUUCUGAUAAAUUUGGGAAAAGUGACCAAGCUCUCACUCCAGAUUUUUUAAACACCAUCAAAGUAUCAGGUUUGCCAAAUCACAGUCUUCGUUUGAAAAUCGGUUGUCCUAUAAUGUUGCUAAGAAACAUAGAUCCUACUGGCGGAUUAAUGAAUGGGACUCGACUUCAGAUUACAGAGAUGUAUGAUUUUGUGAUUAAGGCGAAAGUGAUUACAGGAGAUAAGGUUGGGCGAAUUGUUCUUAUUCCUAGGCUUGCUAUUACCCCUACUGACAAAAAGUUGCCUUUCAAGAUGAAAAGGAGGCAACUACCUAUUGCUGUGGCUUUUGCCAUUACAAUUAAUAAGAGUCAGGGGCAAUCACUAUCAGAAGUUGGCAUUUAUCUACCAAGGCCUGUGUUUUCUCAUGGUCAAUUGUACGUGGCUAUCUCAAGAGUGACAUCUAAGAAGGGGCUAAAGAUUUUGAUUGUGGACGAUGAGGGAAAGCCUCAGAAACAAACAAUGAACGUUGUUUUCAAAGAGAUUUUCCAGAAUCUCUGA